AUGAUAAUCUUCUUCACAAAAAGUAAAGCAAAACAAAUUUAUUUGAGUUACUGUAAUCCCAAAUUUAAUGUAUCUCAAUCACCCGUCAAAGAUAAUAAAGGAGAAAUUGGGGAUUUUGGACUUUCCCAUCAUUUACGAGAUAAAUCACUUACUGGGUGUGUGGUAACCCGGUGGUAUCGCGCACCCGAAUUAUUAUUAAAAGAAAGGAGAUAUGAUACGGCUAUCGAUAUGUGGGCAAUUAGAUGUGUAUUUGGAGAAAUGCUAAAAGGAAGUCCUAUUCUUCGUGGAAGAUCAGAUCAAGAUCAAUUGGAUCUUAUAUUUAAAUUAUGUGGAACUCCCACCGAAGAAGAUUGGCCAGAUUAG